GCUUUGAAGUACACAAGCCGUGGCUACGCAUCGCAGCGCACUUUGAAUGAGGUGGUGAUAGCAAGCGCCGUAAGGACACCGAUUGGAUCUUUCCAAGGAUCUCUUUCUUCAUUGCCAGCCACUAAACUUGGUUCCAUUGCGAUUAAGGGAGCAAUUGACAGAGCAGGUAUCCCUGCAGAGGAAGUGAAGGAGGUGUAUAUGGGCAAUGUAUUGCAGGCUGGACAAGGGCAAGCUCCAGCAAGACAAGCAGUCCUGGGUGCAGGUCUACCAAUCUGCACUCCUACUACAACUGUCAAUAAGGUCUGUGCGUCAGGAAUGAAAUCGAUCAUGAUGGCAGCACAAAGCCUGAUGUGUGGGAGCCAGGACGUAAUGGUUGCUGGUGGGAUGGAGAGCAUGUCUAACGUUCCCUAUACGAUGAGCCGAGGAUCAACGCCUUACGGAGGGGUGAAGCUGGAAGACCUGAUCGUAAAAGACGGGCUUACAGAUGCUUAUAACCACAUCCACAUG